AUGGGUCACACUCACGACCUGGACCCAUCGUUAUUUGAUAACAGUGCAGCAACAGACGAUCCUAUUGGAUUCAUCAUGACACUUCAUAUUGUAUUUAUGGCGGCAGCAUUCGGGAUAUUGUAUCCAUUAGGUAUGGUGUUAGGCCUAGCUAGAAAUAAGUGGCACGUUCCAGUACAAAUACUCGGCACGGCGCUAUUUGUAAUUGGAAUUUUUCUAGCCCACGCACACAAUGGUCGAAAUUAUGAGCCACACAUUGCCCAUAGAUGGUUUGCAGAUGUUGUGAUUUGGACAGUAGCUUCACAAACGGUUUUGGGCGUAUACCUUCGAUUUCAUUUAGAACAAGGUCUUCAUGGUAAAAUAAGACCAUUUUUAGGCAAGUUGCAUAAAUUUUUUGGUGCAUCUAUUCCGGUUAUUGGUUAUGUCCAAAUAGUCUUAGGUGUCAUUGCAUCUUUGGGUUUUUGUUAUGGAGAAUCAUCUGCACAAUGUUUGGCACAUUUUAUUAUGGGAUCAUCCUUUGUGGCAUACGGUAUUAUGAUGCUCUUGGCUUUACGUGUAGGUGGACCCUGGUUACUUCGUAAAGGGAAGAGUCAGGAAUGGUAUGAUAGCUGGGUUAUCACGGUUUGGGGAAUAGUCAACACUUUUACUGAGCACAGAUGGGGUCGACCUUGGAAUCAUGGAGAUUAUCAACAUACAUCCAUGGGUAUUAUUUGGUGGGCUGCAGGCAUUGUUGGCAUUAUUUUAAGUCGAAAGGGCCAAAGAUCUGUAAUACCCUCCAUUCUUAUCAUUUUGACAGCAGUCUCAUUCCAAGGUCACGCACAACAUGUAGCUAAUAGUGGGCCUAUUCACUCUUACUUUGGAUACAUGUUAAUGGCAGGUGGUUUAAGCAGAAUUAUUGAAAUUUGUUUUAUCUGGAAAAAGGGUGAAUUUAAGGAAGUUUCCCCAUGGCAGUACAUCCCCCCUCUUACGCUUGUAUUGGCGGGAUUACUCUUCAUGGGAGCUACUGAACAACAGCUUGAAUACCUUACCAUUAUAGACAUUGAUGUCGGAUCAUAUAGUAAUGUUUUAUUAUCUUUCGGGUUUGUCGUAUUUGGAUUCGCCUUUUCAUUGAUAUAUCUCUGGGAGUCAUUAACGAACUAUCCAAAUACACCAAAACAGAACAAUGGCUAUACUGAGGUGGAUGACACAGAAGCUGCGCUACUUGCAUCAUCUGCAUUUUUGGAUGAUGACGAUCAUGACGAAAAUGAUGCCGUCGAAUUGAAAGAUACUUCUAGUAGACAUACUACACAAAGAAUGUAA